AUGGACGAACGCAUAGUAAAUUGGCUGAACAACAGUGAUUUUGAAUUUGAUACAGAUGAGAGUGAGGAUGAGGUCGAUGAUUCCGAUAUUGAUCCAGAUUAUUUCCCAAACCAACAGCCUAAUGAAGAACAAAAUACAUGGAAUUGUGACAAUGAUGGUAUUGAAAAUGAUGUCGACGAAAAUAUUCAACUCAUAGCCUAUGAAUUCGAAGAUAAUGUUAAUAUGCCAAGCAAUGAAAUUACAUGGGGACCAGUAACUGGUAAUCUAAAUACAAUAACUUACAAUCCACUUAAUUUAGACGUUGGUAUUAAUCCUGAUAUCAUUGAUUGUAUGGAAGAUUGCGCUCCAAUAGAUUUUUAUGCAUUAUUUUUUGAUGAAAAUGUACUAGAUUUUCUAAUUUCUGAGACCAAUCGUUAUGCACACCAAAUAAUAAAUUCACGCAGAUUAUCAAAAUGUUCUCGUUUGAAAAAAUGGACUCCUAUUGACCGUACUGAGAUGAGAAACUUUUUAGGACUUAUCGUAUGGAUGGGAUUAGUGAAUAUGCCAAAUUUAAGAGAUUAUUGGAGAACAGAUUUCCUUUAUAAAACUAGAGUGCCAGAAGUAAUGAGUCGUAACAGAUUUGAGUUGAUUCUAGGAAUGUGUCAUUGUGGAAAUAAUGAAAUGAUUGAGUAUGGUAGGCUAAACAAAGUACAACACCUAGUUGAUAUGUUAGUAGCCAAUUUCAAUAAAUGGUAUAUUCCUGAAGACAAAGUAUGUAUAGACGAAAGUGUGGUUCCUUUUAUAGGACGAUUAGUCUUUAGACAAUACCUUAAGAACAAAAAACAUCGUUAUGGUAUUAAGAUAUUCAAAUUAUGUUCGAAAGAUUUUUAUGCUUUGCGUUAUAACAUUUAUGCCGGGAAAGAAGUAAUAAGAGAAACUGACGUAUCUUACAAAAUUGUAUUGAAGUUGAUGGAGCCAUAUCUUAACUUUGGACGAACCUUGUAUACUGACAAUUGGUAUUCGAGUGUUAAGUUAGCUGAAAAACUUAACCAAGAAAAUACACAUUUGGUGGGAACUCUUAGGCCAAUCAGCAACAACAACGUAGUUAUUCUUAAAUGGCGGGAUAAACGUGACAUUUUAUUAAUCACAACCAAACACUCUGACCAAAUAAUAGAAAUACAAAAAAGGGAUACGAUAAUAAAAAAGCCACUCGUUGUCGAAGAUUAUAAUAUAGGAAAAUCGUACAUAGACCGUUCUGAUCAAAUGUCAUCUUACAGUUCACCUUUGAAGAAGACUAUUAAGUGGUAUAAAAAAGUGGCCUUUGAUAUUCUUCUAUCCACAGCAACGGUCAAUGCAUUAUCAUUAUUUAAAUCUGUAACCAAAAAUAAAUCUAUAACAAUAACUACUUUCAAAGAAGAAAUUAUCAAGCAGCUACUAUACAAACCAAAUGUUCCUCGGCCUAUUUCACCAGGCUUAAAACACUUAUUAGUUACAACACAAAAAAAAAGAAUGUGUAAGCCGUGUUAUGCGCAGAAGUCGGAAAAUCUUGGUAGAUUAGAAGCUCAAAAUAAAACAAGAAAAGUAUUUACUCAUUGUGAAGGAUACAAACCUACUGAAUUUGAUGAGAAUCAUUUUGAAAAGUCGAAUGAAAGGUCAAUAGACCCUACGUUUUUUGGAAAUCGUUAG